CUCCGCUUUGACAAGCCGUGUGCCACCACACGGUCACACCGCGUUGUCCACGGCCAGACAUCCUCCACAGAACAUAACAACUCAUCAGAGCGAAGUGUCGAAGAGUCAGCUAAUGGAGGCGGGAGAGGAAACCGCUCGGUGUUUUCAGGCCUGUGACAGCAGUUUGAUCUCCACGGGGGGAGCAGAGCGCUGAUGGGUUUAUUUAUUCGGAUGGCGUUCCUGUGAUGCCCCAGGGCGGGCUCAGCUGGUCGGGGUCGCGAUGCCUUACGUGGACCGACAGAAUCGCUUCUGCGGCUUCCUGGACAUCGAGGAGAAUGAGGGCAGCGGCAAGUUCCUGCGCCGAUACUUCAUCCUGGACACUCAGCAGGGCAGCCUGCUGUGGUAUAUGGACAACCCACAGAAUCUGCCUCAAGGUGCAGAGAGGGUGGGCUCUCUCAGUCUCACCUACAUCUCCAAGGUCAGCGAUGCCACCAAACUCAGACCAAAGGCAGAGUUCUGCUUUGUUAUAAACGCAGGAAUGAGGAAGUUUUAUCUGCAGGCCAACGACCAGCAGGAUUUGGUGGAGUGGAUCAGUGUCCUCAACAACGCCACCAAGAUUACAGUGCCAAAGCCCGGCGAGGGUCACACUGCCCACACAGAGACGCCCCAGGAGAUACUGGGAGCCACGAAGCAGGUCUCCUACAGGACCGAGAUCAUAGGAGGAGUCCCCAUCAUCACUGCUACGCAGGAGCAGGGGGAGGGGCAGAACGGGGCAGAGCGUGGAGGAUUGAAGCGGGGUCAGAAUCAGCUUCCCUACUUCCUGUCCAGAGGAGCACAGGACCAGACUGUCAUCAAGGCUGGAUACUGUGUCAAACAGGGAGCUGUGAUGAAGAACUGGAAGAGGAGGUACUUCACGCUGGAUGAAAACGCCGUCAGCUACUACAAAUCUGACCUGGAGAGGGAAGCGCUGAAGGUCAUCCCGCUGAAGGAGAUCCAUAAAGUUCAGGAGUGCAAACAGAGUGACCUGAUGAUGAGGGACAACCUGUUUGAGAUGGUCACCUCCUCCAGGACCUUCUACGUACAGGCUGACAGUCCAGAGGACAUGCACAGCUGGAUUAAGGCCAUCUCAGGGGCCAUCGUGGCUCAGCGCGGCUCCGGACGCUCGGCUAACACCGAGCACAGUGACCUCUCUCCCAUCACAACAUCUUCCUCCACCUUCUACUACUCUCUUGACCAGAAACCGCUCCACCCACAAUCCCCCUCCAGCACCACCUCAGCGGGCCCUCAGCCUCACACUGGACACGCACCACCAGGACAACUUCCUGGGCCUGCUUCCGUGGCGGCUGAGUGGCGUCCAGUCUGUGACGAUGCCCCUCCCGUCAGCGCGCUCCCGCCUGUCGCUGCAGGAGACGGUGCGAUCUUCGAAGUGACGGAGGGGGAAAAUGAGUCACCAUGGAAACGGCGCAGCGAAAUCUCCCGGCUGGGAUUUGUCAACAGCAGAGGCGGGGAGGAGCCCAGCAGUUGCACCAAUGAGAAUUCUGACCUGCAGAUAACCCUGAUUUGAUGAGGUCAAACGCGGUGAUGACGACGACGAUGAUGAUGAUGAUGAUCACUUCUGCACGAGCUUCAUGUGCUCAGAGUGCAGAGAAAACUACCUGACUGGUCAAAAGAUCCGCCUACAAAACUUUCUGGGACCAUUUUGUUGUGUAUGUGCGCACAUGUGGAGUAAGACCGUCUUCUGCUGUUUUCUUCCCUCACUUUUGUCUUCCUGGGUGUUAUUUACAAAGUAGUGCUGCUGGCAAACAAAAACUGUGUUGUCAUGCAGAAAAGAACCGUGAACCCUGCUCAGCGCACAAAGAUGUGAGGGUUUCAUGAGCCGUGUAAGAAACAGACAAACCAAAUGUUACCGCUGUCAAAAGCUUAGGUGUCAGUUAUCUGUCAGUUAUCUGCUGACUAAUCCAGCUUCUCAGUUUAUUUUUGAAGACAAUCCCUCUUAAUAUUAUGAACUCUCUAAUCCUGAAUUUCCACUGGAGAACUCAAACGUCUCCUUUCUGAAAAUGUCAUCCCGUCAAACACGUCCGCGCUUUAGUCAGAGAUUUCUGCACUUUGUUUACAUCUUCAUCAACAAACUUGUUCAAAUGAUUCAUAAGCCAGCAGGUCAUUCGUUUCCCAAAGGUGUGGUCACACUGAUGCCAGGUCACACUGGCAUUUAUUGCAGUUAAAUCACACAUCUGAUGGGUUGAUUUCCUUGUAAUCAGUGGAUUCACAGGUGGAGGUGUUCACUUCCACUUGUGUGAUCUUUGAACCGAGAGCUUUGGAGUCCAUUAGUCGUAUUAGCUGUGCUGCUUCUGCCACAGAAAGGAAGCGGCGUGGUUUGAGUGGAUGGUGCAAAUGUCUGUGGUCAGUGACGGUGCUGCUGGGCUCAUUUGACUGUGUAGCAGCAGCUUAUUACCAGCUAACUUCCAGCGGCGCCUGUUUUGUGGAGACGUGCGUGUAAUUUGGAUGUGCACUCAGAUGCAUUUAGUUUGUAAGCUAAACAUAAAAUACCAUCAACAAACCUCCAGCAGUUAUCGUUGUCAGCAUUUUUCUCAAAGUGUGAGAUCCGUCAGUGCUUUUCCCCGUCCACACGUGCAGCAACUGCCACAUUAUGUGGCUUUUACAUGCAACUGAAAGCAUCAUAUUUCUGAAAUGGUGGAUUCAAACCUUCUCUGAAUUCAAAGAAGAUUGUAAAUCUUUCAGCUGAAGCAAAAACGUAAAAAGCAAAAAUUUCCCAAAGUGGUGACGUCUGAUUUUGAUAGAUGUUAUUGUGGGCUCUUCGCUGUGCAGCAGCAUGAGUGACGUGUGGAGGGACUGAUCUUCAUUCUGCUCACCUCCUGCUCUGUACCUUCAUGUGGCCGCUCCGUUGUAACUCCUGCAGAACGUUUUUAACCUGCACAUGUGGGGAGACGUGAAAACAAACUGUUGAUUUGUUGACCUGUAAAUGUUGUUUUUGGACUUUUAGGGAGCUGCGAGAGCUCUUCACUCUGUACUGGAUGUGGGUGUCUCUUCUGUUCUGAUGUGGUUUUAAUGAUUUUAUUAUUCACGGUGAUGAGAUGUGAGAUGCUUUUGAGGAAACUAUAACACACACACACCCAUAUGUAUGUAUGUGUUAAAUAUAUAUGUUGUUUACUGACUUUUAUAAACGUGUGCACGACUGCAUGCACACACACCCUCCCCUGCCGAUCCCUGUUAGACAUAAGCUGGGUAAAGUGCCUGCGCUGUUCCUUCUGAAGAGGUGCUGAAAAAUGACAAACUGUGUGGACCCGUUUUGGUGUGUUCUUCAUUCUGAGACCAUGUGCUUUGUUUAUUAAAAGAAAACUGAAACUAA